GCGACCACAAGUUUCUUUUCUUUCUGAUCCAGCCGCCAUCUGCACCUAGCUCUCUCGUGUAGCAAACAACAAUGAAGGCUUUUGACAUCAAUGGCAGCAACACCCUUUCUCUCUCUCUAUUCACUGAUGUCACCAACUCCAAGGAACUUCUAGAUUCUAUGCAAGCUGGAAACCUAGAACCAGAAGUUGCAUUUCUCAAUGCAUCACUUAUACCAGAUGUUUUUCCUCUUCUGGCAGCAGCACAUAAGACUCUUAUAGCCAAGUCCCGGGAUUCAUUGACCACACGUACUCUUCAUUCUGAGCUAGUUUAUAAUUACUCAGGAUCUAAGCAUAUUACAGAAUCCUUGAAAAGAUGUGGAAUUUCUGAUAGCACCACAUACAUCCUCGCAGCUCGUUUCAAUGCUUCUCCAGAUGAGAUGAAAGCUGUUGAGAAACUUAUCAAUGGAAAAGAAAUCGAAUUAGAGGAGCUGGAGGGGAGAGCAAACCAAGCGCAAAUACAGAAGCACUACAAAAUUCCGGGCUUGGAAGCAGGGAUAUCCUCUCUUGCAGAUGCUAUUACCUGCCGGAUAGCAGCACGCGAUGCCUUAUAAGAAAUACAGGCUACCAUGUAUUUUAUAUGUAGUUGUAGAUUUCCUAUAAGCUUUUUAGCUGUGUGGCUGCUUUGAAUUUAUAGUUGAAAUUUUUGAGGGAAUUGGUGCGCAGGUGGGCAGCAGCAUCUUUAAGUUCCUGAUUUGGAACCUAGGCAUUUCAAAAUUUUCAGUCAUGGACUCUUUUUUAAAGUGUAAAAGAUUCAAUCUUGCAUAA